CCGGUGGCCGGCGCAAGCGGCGGAGCCGGGCUGAGCAUCCUGCGCCCCGGCGCGGGGCCCUGCGGUAGCCUCGGGCCCCUCCCCUGGACCUGCAACCGACCCAGUGUGGCAGACAGACACCGCAGCCAUGACCACCCACGUCACUUUGGAAGAUGCCCUGUCCAACGUGGACCUGCUGGAGGAGCUGCCGCUCCCGGACCAGCAGCCAUGCAUCGAGCCUCCACCAUCCUCCAUCAUGUACCAGGCUAACUUUGACACGAACUUCGAGGACAGGAAUGCGUUUGUCACGGGUAUUGCAAGGUACAUUGAGCAGGCAACGGUCCACUCCAGCAUGAACGAAAUGCUGGAGGAGGGACAUGAAUAUGCGGUCAUGCUGUACACCUGGCGCAGCUGCUCCCGGGCCAUCCCACAGGUAAAGUGCAAUGAACAGCCCAACCGGGUAGAGAUCUACGAGAAGACCGUGGAAGUACUGGAGCCAGAGGUCACCAAGCUCAUGAAGUUCAUGUACUUUCAGCGCAAGGCCAUCGAGCGCUUCUGUAGCGAGGUGAAACGGCUGUGCCAUGCCGAGCGCAGGAAGGACUUUGUCUCGGAGGCCUACCUGCUGACCCUGGGCAAGUUCAUCAACAUGUUCGCAGUCUUGGAUGAGCUAAAGAACAUGAAGUGCAGCGUCAAGAACGACCACUCUGCCUACAAGAGAGCGGCCCAGUUCCUAAGGAAGAUGGCGGACCCCCAGUCCAUUCAGGAGUCUCAGAACCUAUCCAUGUUCCUGGCCAAUCACAACAGGAUCACCCAGUGUCUUCACCAGCAACUGGAAGUGAUUCCAGGCUAUGAGGAACUGCUGGCAGACAUUGUCAACAUCUGCGUGGAUUACUAUGAGAAUAAGAUGUAUCUGACACCCAGUGAGAAACACAUGCUCCUCAAGGUGAUGGGCUUUGGCCUCUACCUGAUGGAUGGAAAUGUCAGUAACAUUUACAAACUGGAUGCCAAGAAGAGAAUCAACCUUAGCAAAAUUGAUAAGUUCUUUAAGCAGCUGCAGGUGGUACCCCUUUUCGGCGACAUGCAGAUAGAGCUGGCCAGAUACAUUAAGACCAGUGCUCACUAUGAAGAAAACAAGUCCAAAUGGACAUGCACUCAGAGCAGCAUCAGCCCCCAGUACAACAUCUGCGAGCAGAUGGUUCAGAUCCGGGAUGACCACAUCCGUUUCAUCUCUGAGCUGGCUCGCUACAGCAACAGCGAGGUGGUGACAGGCUCAGGGCUGGACAGCCAGAAGUCGGAUGAAGAGUACCGGGAGCUUUUCGACCUAGCCCUUCGAGGCCUGCAGCUUCUAUCCAAGUGGAGUGCCCAUGUCAUGGAGGUGUACUCUUGGAAGCUGGUUCACCCCACAGACAAGUUCUGCAACAAGGACUGCCCGGGAACAGCGGAAGAGUACGAGCGAGCCACGCGCUACAAUUACACCAGCGAGGAGAAGUUUGCCUUCGUGGAGGUGAUCGCCAUGAUCAAGGGCCUGCAGGUGCUCAUGGGAAGGAUGGAGAGUGUCUUCAACCAGGCCAUCCGCAACACUAUUUAUGCGGCCCUGCAGGAUUUCGCCCAGGUGACAUUGCGUGAGCCGUUGCGGCAAGCAGUGCGCAAGAAAAAGAAUGUCCUUAUCAGUGUCCUGCAGGCGAUUCGCAAGACCAUCUGUGACUGGGAGGGAGGCCGAGAGCCCCCCAAUGACCCAUGUUUAAGAGGGGAGAAGGACCCCAAAGGCGGCUUUGACAUCAAGGUGCCCCGCCGCGCUGUGGGACCGUCCAGCACACAGCUCUACAUGGUCCGUACCAUGCUGGAGUCGCUCAUCGCUGACAAGAGCGGCUCCAAGAAGACACUCCGAAGCAGCCUGGACGGACCCAUCGUCCUGGCCAUAGAGGACUUCCACAAGCAGUCCUUCUUCUUCACACACUUGCUCAACAUCAGCGAAGCCCUACAACAGUGCUGUGACCUCUCCCAGCUCUGGUUCCGAGAAUUCUUCCUGGAGUUAACCAUGGGCCGGCGAAUCCAGUUCCCCAUUGAGAUGUCCAUGCCCUGGAUUCUAACCGACCAUAUCCUGGAAACCAAAGAGCCUUCCAUGAUGGAGUACGUCCUCUACCCCUUGGAUCUGUACAACGACAGUGCCUACUAUGCUCUCACCAAGUUCAAAAAGCAGUUCCUCUAUGAUGAGAUUGAAGCCGAGGUGAACCUGUGUUUUGAUCAGUUUGUCUACAAGCUGGCAGACCAGAUCUUCGCCUACUACAAAGCCAUGGCCGGCAGUGUCCUGUUGGAUAAACGUUUUAGAGCUGAAUGUAAGAAUUAUGGAGUGAUCAUUCCGUACCCACCAUCCAACCGCUAUGAGACGCUGCUAAAACAGAGACAUGUCCAGCUGUUGGGUAGAUCAAUUGACUUGAACAGACUCAUCACCCAGCGGAUUUCUGCUGCCAUGUACAAAUCCUUGGACCAGGCCAUCAGCCGCUUUGAGAGUGAAGAUCUGACUUCGAUUGUGGAGCUAGAGUGGCUGCUGGAGAUUAACCGCCUCACGCACCGACUCCUCUGUAAGCACAUGACACUGGACAGCUUCGACGCCAUGUUCCGAGAAGCCAAUCAUAAUGUGUCUGCCCCGUAUGGCCGCAUCACCCUGCAUGUCUUCUGGGAGCUGAACUUUGACUUCCUCCCCAACUACUGCUAUAAUGGAUCCACAAACCGUUUUGUCCGAACUGCCAUCCCCUUCACCCAAGAACCACAACGAGAUAAACCCGCCAAUGUCCAGCCUUAUUACCUCUAUGGAUCCAAGCCUCUCAACAUUGCCUACAGCCACAUCUAUAGCUCCUACAGGAACUUUGUGGGGCCCCCUCACUUCAAGACCAUCUGCAGACUGCUGGGCUACCAGGGCAUUGCCGUGGUCAUGGAGGAACUACUAAAAAUCGUCAAGAGCUUGCUCCAAGGCACCAUUCUGCAGUACGUGAAGACACUGAUAGAGGUGAUGCCGAAAAUAUGCCGAUUGCCUCGGCAUGAGUAUGGCUCCCCAGGGAUCCUGGAGUUCUUCCACCAUCAACUGAAGGACAUCAUCGAGUAUGCAGAACUCAAAACAGACGUGUUCCAAAGCCUCAGAGAAGUGGGCAAUGCCAUCCUGUUCUGUCUCCUCAUAGAGCAAGCUCUGUCUCAGGAGGAAGUCUGUGAUCUGCUUCAUGCUGCACCCUUCCAAAACAUUCUGCCCAGAGUCUACAUCAAAGAGGGGGAGCGCCUGGAAGUCCGGAUGAAGCGCCUGGAAGCCAAGUACGCCCCACUUCACCUGGUCCCCCUGAUAGAACGGCUGGGAACUCCUCAGCAAAUCGCCAUCGCUCGGGAAGGUGACCUGCUGACCAAGGAGCGGCUAUGCUGUGGCCUGUCCAUGUUCGAAGUCAUCCUGACCCGAAUUCGGAGCUACCUGCAGGACCCCAUCUGGAGGGGCCCGCCACCCACCAAUGGCGUCAUGCACGUGGACGAGUGUGUCGAAUUCCACCGGCUAUGGAGUGCUAUGCAAUUUGUCUACUGCAUCCCUGUGGGGACCAACGAGUUCACAGCUGAGCAGUGCUUCGGUGAUGGUUUGAACUGGGCAGGCUGCUCCAUCAUCGUUUUGCUGGGCCAGCAGCGGCGCUUUGACCUCUUCGACUUCUGUUACCAUCUGCUGAAGGUGCAGAGGCAGGACGGCAAGGAUGAAAUCAUUAAGAACGUGCCCCUGAAGAAGAUGGCUGACCGCAUCAGAAAGUACCAGAUCUUGAACAAUGAGGUUUUUGCCAUCCUAAACAAGUACAUGAAGUCCGUGGAGACAGACAGCUCCACUGUGGAGCACGUGCGCUGCUUCCAGCCCCCAAUCCACCAGUCACUGGCCACCACCUGCUAGGCAGACAGUCCCGCAGACCUUCAACCUGGAGGCGGAGGCGGAG